UUUUUUGCGCUUUUUGUUGGAUAUAUGCGGAAGUUUGUUUUUGUGAGAGUCAAAAGAAAUAAAUAAUCGAAGGUAGGAAAUAAUCAGAUCAAUUAAGUGUAAAAAGCUGUUAUCACCAUUUGUCCUAAAUUAUGUGAAAUUGGGAUAAGAGACGAGUAUCUUCCGCAUGGAAUCAUAUUUUGUUUACUUUAACCGUACUUUGUGAAUGCAUUGUUUGCCAUGUAAGGCCUUCUUAGCAAAUACUGACUCGUUUAAGUGACUUAUUAGAUUUUAAACGCAUCUUUUGUGUGUGAUUUAAUCAAAUCACAAUCAUCAGUCAAGCUGAAAGGGCAAGAAGAGGAAUGGAAGCGAAGGGAAUCGCUACAGGGAUGCAAUUCUACUUUGCAACACGACGACAGUGCUGAAUAACGUAUGCGCAUGCGCGUGCUCUGGCGAAAACAAGCACAAUCGUAGUGUUGAAUCGUUCGAGAAAAGGCGAUGAGGUGUCCCUUGCUUAUGAUACUAGUAACCGCGUGUGGACUGGUGACGAGCACCACGCGACAAGCCUUGUACAACUCCAUAGACGACACUAGACUCGUAGAGCACACGAUAAGAGACCAGCGGACUGAUAGCGUAAUAACAUGCGCGCAUUUGUGCACCCUUGAAGACCAGUGCGACUCUUUCAAUUUUCAUAAUCUGCAUGGCGCAUGCGAACUAAACCGUAAAACCGCAGGACAUGAAGAAAGCUGGCGUGCCGAGUCAAGUGGAUGGAUUCAUGCACGCAUGAUAAAGCCAGAAAUGGAAAAGAUAAGUCUCAAAGUUGUUUUCACACAUCUCAAUGGUAAAACGAAUCGAGGCCCAGACAACACAGAUGAGUAUAAGAGCACCCCCCUUGAGGGUAAAGUACGACUAAAAGCCGGCAUCCAAAUAUGGCGAAUACCUUACUCAGGCAACUAUCAGAUAACGGCCCUCGGGGCAUCAGGCGGGAACGGAACGAAUCAGAGCUCUCUGUCGUGGAAAGAGGGAGGGCGCGGAGCCCGGAUUACAGGGUCAUUCCGACUAUCUAAGGAAACGCAGCUAAAGAUCUUGGUGGGACAAAAGGGGAUUCCCUUUCCGGAAUUCUCGAUACGCCCAGGGAGUGGGGGUGGGGGGACAUUUGUCACGCUUAUGGAUAAUACACCUUUGGUAAUCGCCGGUGGGGGUGGGGGUGGGGCUGGUAUAGGUCAAGGAGAUUGUAUGGAUGGGGACCCGGGACAGGCCGGGGGAAAUGGUACUCGUCACGGCGGCAGAGGAGGCAAAGGCGGGGUCGUGUUUGAAUCCGUAGGGGGGAUCAACCCUAUGAAUUUUGGGGCGUCGGCCGGAGGGGGGCUGUACUCGGACGGAGGUGCAUCCCCUGGUGACUUUGAAACGGGAGGGAAGAGUUUCUUAAACGGAGGAGAAGGAGGUGAGAGCCGCGCAGGGCCCGUGGGAGGGUUUGGCGGAGGGGGAUCCUCAAGGAUACGGCCAGGGGGAGGGGGAGGGUACUCCGGGGGCGGGGUCGAAAGUGACAGACAUGUCUUUGUAGUGGCGGGAGGGGGAGCGUCUUUCAACAACGGCAGUGACCCCGUCAACGAGAGCGGUGUCAACAAGGGCAACGGACGUGUUAUCAUUACACUGAUAGAAACUUAGGUACAUAUGAUUUAUAGACACCCUUCUCAAAUAAGGUUGCACCUUAAUAAUCUGCUUGUCUAAACCAGCGUUGCUUCAUUGCACAUAAAUAAGCAAAUAAAACUGAAUUUGUCUCUUA